AACUUUAGGGGUAACUUAAUAAUUUCCUCCCACAUUGUCUAUGAUUUAUGGUAAAAUUAAUCGCGACAGUUCCUAAACAAAACAAAUGAUGUCAUGCAAAAGUGACGUGUCCAAAACACACAGAAUCUUUAUUUUGAAUUCAUUGCAUUAUUCUUGCUGAAAAGUAGCAAUUUAAAGUGUAAAUCAAUCAUACUGAGACUGGAACAUUGUUUGGCUGCGAGUAUCAACGUUAAAAUACAAAUAUUGUGUGAAAGAACUUACAUCUUUGCCGAUAACUGCUACGCACACAGCCAUUGUUGACUAAAAAUCGACGGAAGUGUCCUAGGAAACACCGCGAUUGACGUUUCGAUGUACUCCGCGGGAAUUUUUGAAAUGGCAGUGCGCGAUGUAGUUGUGUGUAAUCACUGUAAUUAAAGCGUUUGUGCGCCGCAACUCGCAAUUUACGUUUAUUUGUGAUCGUUUGUGGGUCAUCAUCAUUAUUGCAAACAUAUCAAAGAUGGCUAUCAACGAAGAUCUAUUAUAUGAAGUAAACGAGAAAGGUGAGAGUGUUGUUGUGAGAUCGGUAGAGUCGAGCCAUCGGGCUUACCUUCGCUUUACAAAUCGGACCUCUAGACCUGUGGACGUAUGGUGGCGGGACUUUCAAGGUGUGAGACGUCAUUAUAUUCGCUUAAAAGUGGGAGCUUCUUACGACGUCAACUCAUAUUUAACUCAUCCGUGGGAAUUCACUGAUGCGGCUACUAAUGAGAGUUUUGUGAUUAAUAACAAAUUAAUAUUUAGAGCGCCAAAUCACGUGGGCGGUAUGAUGUAUAGAACUAACUGGAAUAUUUCUGUGGCUGUGCGUACUCUGCGGAGGACGACGAUGUUGACGCUGGCCUCCUUGCUGCCGAACCCCGAGGCGGCGUCGCGCGUGGACCUGCCGGCGGUGCUGAGCCGGGAGCUGGCCGAGCUGGUGAGCACCCUGCAGAGCACUCCGGUCGUCGUGGACACAGAAUGAUGACUGUUUGUGCUGGUGUUCAUAGUUCUACUAGCACUGGCCGGAUUUUUGCACAUGGUGUGGUAUUUCUCAGUUAAGAAGCCUUUCAGGUUGUUGUAUGGUGCAAGAUAUUAAGGACUCGAGUACUAACAAAGACAUUGUUAAAGAUAAUACUAUAGUUUUUAUGUGUUAUAAAUCUAGUCUCUCCCUAUAAGGAAACUGCAGUGAUCGGAGAAAUCACAAAGUGCUUAAAUCAAUUUAAAUUAAGAAUAUAAAUGUAUAUUUUCUUAACAAAUCAACUACUGUCAUGUUAACUGUGUAUUUAAAUCUAUCUGUUAUUAAUUAAUGUUUAUCAAUCAUGUAAUCAUAUUUACUUAAUUCAAUAUCAUUGAAUGAAAGUUGCCAUAUUAAAUUUGCCAAAAUAUGAAUCAUUAUUUAAGAGUAAGGAGGUAAAAGGUCAGACUGUUAUACCUCAUGUGCUGUGGUAUUCAAACUUUUUGGUUAUAAACCAAGAUAUUGGCCUUUAUGGGUGUUUAAAAUAAAUUUUUGACGCUAUCAUGAUCAAAUUUGAUCGGCCUAAGUAGAUAGAUAUAUAAAUUGUUAGUUGUUUUCUAUGUUGCUGUAAAGUUUAAGUGCUUUGUAACAUAUUGCAUAUUAAUUUCCUAAUACUCCUACUGAUAAACUUUAUAGUAAGAUCAUAAACAUUCACUUAGGAUUAGGAACUAAAUUUAACUACUUAAAAAUAGGACCAAGUUAUAUGUAUCACUGCCUGUUAUAAACCUUUUAAAAAAAUCUACAAAUUUAUUCUGAAACCUUUUAACUGUUUUUCUAUAUAUUAAUUGGGUUUUAUUUCAUUGUUAGGUCUAAGACAUAGCUUUUGUGUGUAUAUAGUAAAAUCUAUUUUCUCUUCUACAUUUUUCAUUAAACACCUUUUCUUAGGUUCUUAUUGUAUUUCUUGGAAAAAAAUUGUUUUCUUUAGAUAGUUAUUGCCACUGUAGAACAUUAGUGAGACAAAAUCACUCAAAAUUAAGUUUUUCUUUUUUUGUUUAAGUAAAUUUCUGUGUAUUGAGUUAGUGUCUUUAUAUUAUGGUAACUCUAAUUUUAUGGCUUUGCAAUUCAUUAAAACGCACAAUAUUGGCACAAAAGUAAUGUUACACACUGCCUAUAAUUGAAAGGUCUUCAUAUUAUAGUUAUGUAAUUUAAUAUCUUUAGCAAGCAAUCUAUUGUAGGCUAUAAUCAUGUAAGCAUCAUGCCACUUGAAGAAUACGUUGUUUCGUAAUAGGCCUUCUUUGUCUUUUCGUAUAUAACCUCUGCUGCUUAGAGUUUAUCCCACCCUAGGCCUAUGCUGUUUCUAAAACACCAUAAGUAAGAGAGUAAUUAAUAAAAUAGGUCAUUUAAUGUCGUGGAAUAUAUAUUCGGCGGAUUUUAUCUCUGUUUCUUACAAUACUCGUCACGUCUUUUCUUGGAGCGACCUAAAUAACUCGCUGACAAAUCGUUCGGCCUGCGUUCGGGUCAUGGGUUACAUUCUCGGACUUCUGCUCCAUUGCGAUAUGACGUAGGUAUCGUGUACGUGGUGCAGUAUGCGUGGGCCCCAAUUCUGCUAUUUGCAAAGGCCGAUGAAUGAAUGUCAAUUGGAUUAAAUUUGAAGUUACUCCUAUUUGCUUCAGCAUUUUGCCAACACAAUAAUUGGAAAUACGUAUUGAUGUUGAGUGUACCAACCGGUACUGAAUUUCUAAUUAUUGUGUAGGAAUAAUGCUUAAUUUACAUUUAUUCAUCAGCCGCUGUAAACAGCAGUAUCGGGUCCCUGUUGUAGCUCGAACAUAAUGAUUAUAACAGCAGGUGUGGGCGUGUUUAUCAUCUGUUUUAUCAACCACUGCCGGAAGUUUACAUUAAUUAUAUCUACAUUAAAUAGAUGGUUAAAAAAAUAUAUGAGAAUAAAACAAAUUGUUAUGUAUAAAACCUUAAAAUACAUAGUAUUUGACUACACUUCGCAACAAGACUGCCAAAAAUAUCUAUUCGUACUUUUUAAAAAGGGAUGUCAUAUCUAUUAGGGCUUACAUUUACUAAAAGAUUCAUUUUAUCAUUUUUAUAAAUUAUUCUAAAUCUCAUGCUUAUGCUAAAAGUGGUUUAGUACAUAUAUGUUUCAAGUUUCAGGAGUUUAUUGAAUCUCUAUAAAUUAAUUAGGGCAAAUUGUGGUAUAAUCGGUAGCAAACAUUAUGGCUACUUUAAUUUCCUAUUAUCAUUCGAAAUAACUACGGAAUUAGUGAGUUAUUGAUGUGUAGUACAUAAGUAGUUAUUCGUAGAUUUAAAUGGCAUACGAACUUUAAACAUAGUACCAGAGAACUGGUAAAUAAUAACAAUCGGUAAUAUUGCUGAAGUUACAGAAUCAUAUUUAAGUUACUUAAGUGUAAUUGAUAUUUAAUGUAUGAAAUAUCAACGUUAAUUUUGUAUAUUUUUAAUAAUAUUGAUUAAAUCUAUAUUUUGUUUCUAUUGUAUACAAAUCGCAUUUAAUUCAAGUCAAUUGUGUAGUUAAUCAGUUACUUGUGUUGCUUCAAUGUGUAAAAGGAUAUCAUAGCUAAGGAGAAAUUAUGUAUGCAAAUAUAUUGUUUGAUUUGAUAA